GAGAGAGAGGAAGGUGGACGGAGGUUUGGUGGCUGGUGGUUAGAUGGAAGGUUUGAGGAGCAGCAAGUUUUAAAAACCUGCAAAAGUUGGACAUUGGUCACUUCUGGGUAAAUACAGAGGUAACUGUUUGGGAGUAAACUUGCUCGUCUGUGCUGCUGUUGCUGCAUCAAAUCUUCUCAUCUGCAUCAUCUGAGAGGACAUCAGUUCUCCAGUUUUUCAACAAGAGUUUCCACUUAAGACUGGAGUGGCUCAAACUUUCACCAUGAGGAGUCUAUGUGUGCCUCUACUUCUGCUGCAGCUCAUUGGUACUUGUUUAUGCCAGUUCCCUCGUCUAUGUGCCAACUCAGAGGGACUGCGAACCAAAGAGUGCUGUCCAGUGUGGGAUGGAGACGGCUCAGCCUGCGGUGCCCUGUCAGGCCGCGGUUUCUGCACAGAGGUGCUGGUCUCAGAUGAGCCCCACGGGCCACAGUACCCUCACAGUGGGAUUGAUGACAGAGAGCGCUGGCCUUUAGCUUUCUUCAACCGGACGUGUCGUUGUGCUGGAAACUAUGGCGGUGUUAAUUGUGGUGAAUGCAGGUUUGGUUACUGGGGCUCAAACUGUGCCGAGUACAGAGAAUCAGUGCGCAGGAACAUUAUGACCCUGUCGUCCGCAGAGCAGCAGAAGUUCAUCUCCUACCUGAACCUGGCUAAAAACACCAUCAGCCGUGACUACGUCAUCGCCACAGGAACAAGAGCAGAGAUGGGUGAAAACGGCGAGAACCCCAUGUUCUCUGACAUCAACACCUACGACCUGUUUGUCUGGAUGCACUACUACGUGUCCCGAGACACCUUCCUGGGAGGACCUGGGAAUGUGUGGAGGGACAUCGACUUUGCCCAUGAAUCUGCAGCAUUUCUGCCCUGGCACAGAGUCUUCCUGCUUCACUGGGAGAACGAGAUAAGGAAACUGACAGGAGAUUUUAAUUUCACCAUCCCAUACUGGGACUGGAGGGAUGCCCAGUCCUGUGAGGUGUGCACCGAUUCUCUGAUGGGUGGACGCAACUCUCUCAAUCCCAACCUCAUCAGCCCUGCUUCUGUCUUCUCCUCAUGGAAGGUGAUCUGCACCCAGCCAGAGGAGUACAACAGCCGAGAGGUGUUGUGCAACGCAACAGGGGAGGGUCCACUGUUGCGUAACCCCGGCAACCAUGAUCCCAACCGCGUGCCUCGACUACCCACGACAGCUGAUGUGGAUUUCACCGUGGGCCUCCCCGAGUACGAGACAGGAACCAUGGACCGGCUCUCCAACAUGAGCUUCAGAAACGUCCUAGAGGGUUUUGCCAGUCCAGAGACAGGUAUGGCAGUGCCAGGUCAGAGCACCAUGCACAACGCCCUGCACGUCUUCAUGAACGGCUCCAUGUCCUCAGUCCAGGGCUCAGCCAACGACCCCAUCUUUGUUCUGCACCAUGCUUUCAUUGACAGUAUCUUUGAGCGCUGGCUCAGGACCCACCAGCCUCUCCGGACCAGCUACCCGCGCACCAACGCCCCUAUCGGCCACAAUGACGGUUACUACAUGGUGCCCUUCUUCCCUCUCUAUAGAAAUGGAGACUACUUCUUGUCCAACAAGGCUCUAGGAUACGAGUAUUCCUACUUGUUGGAUCCUGGCCAGAGGUUUGUUCAGGAGUUCCUGACGCCUUACCUCCAGCAGGCCGGACAGAUCUGGCAGUGGCUCCUGGGAGCCGGGAUUCUUGGCGCUGUGAUCACUGCCCUCUUGGCUGUGCUGAUUGUCGUUGCAAGAAGGAAGUGGAAACGUAACCAGAGGAGGAAGAGGGCUUCGAGCUAUGGAGAGAGACAGCCGCUACUGCACAGCAGCUCAGAGGAAGGUUCAUCUUCAUAUCAGACUACUCUGUAACACACAAGAUACUGAUACAGCUGUGUGUGAAUGUACAAACUGAUGAGGGUAUGUCUAUGAAGGCAAUGAAUGAAACUAACCUUUUCAUUGAUUUCCUACAAAAAAAAUCUGAUUUUAAUUGUAAAAUAAUAAAUAGAGCUUCAGAUGAGCCAAUGAAACAUUUUUUAAAAAUCAAUUCAAACAAAACUGUACAAAGAACUGUGUUUUUCUUUUGUCAAGCAGACAGCUGUUUGUGCUGUCUUUGCCUUUGACAUAUAUGCUGCUGAAACAACAGAAAUGAAGUGAAUUUCAUCUGUGGUCAUAGCACUGAAAAAUGUCAGCAACAUGUCUUUACGGAUACACUGGGGGGAAAAAAAAAAAGAAAACAAUUUUCUCUAAUUUU